GAAUUUUAUGAUCCCGAUACAGUUGAGCUGAUGGAAUGGAUACAGUCUUCUACGUUACCUAAUUCUUCAUGGACAGGCAGUAUGCAGUUAAUGGCUGGGAUUAAAGCUUGUACAGGUAGAAGAUUGGCUAAUCAUCCACAUUUCGAAGACAAAUGGUUAAGAGAUCGGACACGAAGAGUAUAUCAAGUGUAUGGGCGAAAAUCAAUGCAUGAGGUUAAUAAAAUAUUACAAAAUGAAAAUAUUGAUUAUAUAAUAUUGGAAGAUAGUAUUUGCUUGGCUCCAUCAACAGGUUGUAGUACCAAUGACAUUAUAGAUAUAACAAAUGGAGAAAAAAUUGAUUCAGAUUUAUCAGAAGCAGAUUGGCUGGCUGGAAAUGAAAUACGUUUUUGUGAACGUGUCAGAUAUCAAGAUGAAGAGGCUAGGAAAUAUUUUAUUCUCGUUUUUGUUAAUCGAACUUUUCGAGUUUACUCUGUUAUAAACGUUUAA